AUGGUUCUAGUGAGAUUUAUCCAAAAUAUGGCGUCGUUCGCGGCGCAAGCAGCUCUGCGGUCACGUUGGAGUUCCCUUAUAGAGUCUACUAGUGUUGAUGUACCUGGAGAAGUCACAGAUGGAGUCCGUUCCGUUGUUGGAUGGCUUAAACAGGCAUCUUUGGAGGUGCGUCAAGUGGGCAGACGGGCAGUGAAUCAACUUUCUGGCCGAGGGAUGGGGGAUGACGUGGUCAUCAUACACUUCAACGAUGUCUACAAUAUCGAGCAGGUUACUAAUACAGAACCAGUGGGAGGUGCCCUGAGGUUCAGUACAGCUGUAAAGUCAUUGCAGCAUCUCAAUCCUUUGGUUUUGUUCAGCGGGGACGUCUUUUCGCCUAGCAUGUUGAGCACAUUCACGAAGGGAGAACAGAUGGUGCCUGUGUUGAAUGAAGUUGGUACACAUUGUGCAGUUUUUGGGAAUCACGACUUUGAUUUUGGUCUCGAGGUCUUAUCCGGUUUAGUGGCCAAAUGCAACUUUCCGUGGUUGAUGUCAAAUGUAAUUGAUAACGAGACGGGAAGGCCGCUGGGUGAUGGCAAGAUAACACACGCACUUAUAUGUAAUGGACAUAAGAUUGGACUUAUCGGAUUGGUCGAACAGGAAUGGCUGGACACGUUAGCAACUAUAAAUCCAGAAGAGGUGACGUUUAUUGACUUCUUACAAGCAGGUUCCAAGUUGGCUUCUCAGCUCAAAGAAGAGGGCUGCGAAUAUGUUAUUGCACUAACGCAUAUGAGAUCACCAAAUGACAUAAAACUUGCAGAGGGCGACAAUAAAAUAGAUCUCAUAUUGGGAGGACACGAUCAUGUCUACGAAGUUCUAGAGAUAAACAACAAAUACAUAGUGAAGAGCGGCACAGACUUCCGUCAGUUUAGUAAAAUUAAUAUAAACUUUGCCGAAGACUGCGCACGCGUUGACAUUUCAGAAGUGGGUGUCACCAGUUCCUUUGAAGAGGACCCGAUUUUGAAGUCUAAGGUUGAGCAGUAUUCAGCGAUGAUUGAUGGCAAAAUGGAUGAAAUACUGGGCAAGUUCUAUGUGCCUUUGGAAGGUCGGUUCUCAUGCAUUCGUCGUCAGGAGUGCAAUCUUGGCAACUGGGUGUGUGAUGUAUUACUGGCAGCGACAGGAGCUGACCUGCUCUUACUCAAUUCUGGGACUUUCCGAUCUGACCAGGUCCAUCCAGCAGGUGAUUUUACUCUUCGAGACCUGUCUACUAUAAUUCCGAUGCGAGAGCCUCUGGUAGUAGUGGAAGCAAGUGGUGAAACGGUUCUGAAAGUGCUGGAAAACUCUGUCAGCAAGUAUCCAAGUCUUGAAGGACGGUUUCCACAGGUUGCCGGAGUUUCGUUUGCCUUCAAUCCAUCGAAGCCUGCAGGUGAAAGGGUAGCGGAAGAAGUGGUCAAAAUUGGCGAUGAAUACCUACAAAAGGAUCAGAAGUAUAGACUUGCGAUUAAACAGUAUUUGCAUUCUGGUAACGACGGGUUUACAAUGCUACCUCAGUGUCCGGUAUUGGUGUCAGAUGACAUGUGCCCAGAAAUAGGUAUGGCGAUACAAAACCACUUUGCUGCGAUCAACGUACGAACGGGACGUUCUCGGCCUUCUAAGCAUAGACAAUCGCUCGUUACGCUGAGCCGUCGCCACAGUCUUGUGAAGAUGUUGGACAACAGUGAGCUGGAUGGUCCACCUCCGUUGAGGAGAGCAUCAUCAGCCGCUGAGUCACCACACACGCACCACAGAUUGACGCGUCGCGCAUCGCUGGAUGAUUUGGAGCAAAACGCUUGUGAACUUGCCCCAAAAGUUGAGAAUAGGAUAAUUGUACUAGACAAGCCAGAUAAAUUACAAGAACUAUUGGGUGAGCGGGCGAGAUGGGAGUCGGACUCGGUGAUCAAAGAGGUCGAUGAUGAAAGCUCACCUUAA